AUGCUAAAAACCAACUUGAUAAUCCAAGGUAAAGGUUAUGAAAACACAAUAAUUUCAUGGAAUGACACUUCGAAAUCGACCGGCGGUACAGCCUCUAGUGCCUCAGUCACCAUUUUUAGUCCUGGAUUUACAGCUUACAACAUCAGCUUUCAGAAUACAGCACCUCAACCAUCUCCAGGAGAUGAAGGAGGGCAAGGAGUGGCACUAAAAAUAUCAAGUGAUGAAGCUGCCUUUUAUGGUUGUGGAUUUUAUGGGUCUCAAGACACACUUAAUGAUGAUCGUGGCAGGCAUUACUUCAAGGAUUGCUUCAUUCAAGGUUCUAUUGAUUUCAUUUUUGGAGAAGCUAGAUCACUCUACGAGAAUUGCACAAUUAACUCGAUAGCUGGGAAUGCACAAGGGGUGGAUGGAUCAAUAACGGCACACGGGAGACAAUCACAAGAUGAAAACACAGGAUUCUCCUUUGUGAAUUGCAACAUUGGUGGAAGUGGUAAAAUUUGGCUUGGUAGAGCUUGGGGACCCUAUUCAACAGUUGUGUUUUCCAAGACAUACAUGUCCGAGGUUGUUUCUCCUGAUGGAUGGAAAUUGGAGAGAUCCCUCUAG